AAGAUGGCCACCUUCACUGAAAGGAUGGCGCUUGUGUCGGUGCUCUGGCUGGCUCUGUGCCUCAGCGGGUCGUGGGCUGUGGACAAAAGCAACUUUAAGACUUGUGACCAGAGUUCUUUCUGCAAGCGUCAGCGAGCGUUGAAGCCUGGUGAGUCCCCUUACAGAGUCCUGCUGGAGACCAUGGAGCUGACGAACACCAGACUCACCCUGCAGCUCAUCAAUGACAACAACAAGGUGCGUCUGCUGCUCGAGCUCUACCGUCUCCAAGGAAACAUAACGAGGGUGAAGAUUAACGAGCUGAAGCCUCUGAAGCCUCGCUAUGAAGUCCCAGACGUGCUCGUCAGGGAGCCACCUACAGAGCCCCUGUCGGUGCUGUCUCAGGAUGAGAACGGGGUGGUGCUAUCUCUGGGGGCAGAGUCUCAGAGGGUCAUCAUCAGCGCCCGGCCCUUCCGACUCGAUAUCAUGGAGGGGCACGACGUGCUGAUGUCGCUGAACUCGCGUGGCCUGUUGGCCUUUGAGCACCUGAGGAUGCGCAAGGACACUUUCUCCUAUAAAGUAACUAGCACAGUGGCUAGCGUGUGGGAUAAUAUCAAGAGGGUAUUCUCUAGCCAGGCUGAGCCAGAGGCCGAGAACAAGGAGGGGGCGGAUUCGGCAAACCAGGCCGAGGCUGGAAAAGAAGAGGAAGAGAAAGUAGAAGAGGGGAUGUGGGAAGAAACUUUUAAAUCACAUUCAGACAGCAAGCCUAAUGGUCCAUGUGCCAUUAGUUUAGACUUUUCAUUGCCGGGGGUAGAGCACGUUUAUGGCAUCCCAGAACACGCAGAACCCCUGAAACUUAAAACAACAGACAAUGGAGAUCCAUAUCGGCUCUAUAAUCUGGACGUUUUCCAGUAUGAGCUGUAUAACCCUAUGGCCCUGUACGGGGCCGUCCCAGUUAUGUUGGCGCACAACACUAAACGGACUACAGGUAUCUUCUGGCUCAACGCUGCAGAAACCUGGGUCGAUAUAAGCUCAAACACAGCAGGAAAGACUGUGUUUGGGAAAAUGUUGGAUUAUGUUCAAGGUUCCAGUGAAACGCCACAGACUGACGUUCGCUGGAUCUCUGAAAGUGGCAUCAUUGAUGUUUUCCUCAUGUUGGGACCAACUCCCAAAGACGUCUUCUCUCAGUACGCCUCUCUAACAGGCACCCAAGCCUUCCCUCCGCUGUCGUCCCUCGCGUACCACCAGUGCCGUUGGAACUACAAUGACCAGGAAGACGUGCGCUCGGUGGACGCAGGCUUCGAUGAGCACGACAUCCCCUAUGACUUUAUUUGGCUUGAUAUCGAGCACACGGAUGGGAAACGCUACUUCACCUGGGAUCCCCACAAGUUUGCAACACCAAAAGAAAUGCUGCAGGGUCUCCAGGAAAAGAAACGCAAGAUGGUUGCAAUUGUAGACCCUCACAUCAAAGUAGACAACAAUUACAAGAUCCAUAAUGAAAUCCGCUCUCGGGGUUUCUACAUCAAGAACAAAGAUGGUGGAGACUACGAGGGUUGGUGCUGGCCGGGUAGUGCUGGUUAUCCAGACUUCACCCGUGCCGACAUGAGGGCCUGGUGGGCCAGCAUGUUCGCCUAUGAUCAGUACGAGGGAACCAUGGAGAACCUUUACACGUGGAAUGACAUGAAUGAGCCGUCUGUCUUCAACGGGCCUGAGGUCACCAUGCACAAAGAUGCGGUGCACGGAUCCUGGGAGCACCGAGACGUCCACAACCUGUACGGCCUCUAUGUGCAAAUGGCCACAGCAGAGGGUUUGAUCCAGAGGUCAGGGGGAGUUGAGCGACCAUUUGUCCUAACCAGAGCUUUCUUCGCUGGCUCACAGCGUUACGGUGCUGUUUGGACUGGAGAUAAUGCUGCUGAAUGGGACCAUCUGAAGAUUUCCAUCCCCAUGUGCCUGAGUCUGGGCCUGGUUGGGAUCUCUUUCUGUGGUGCCGACGUCGGUGGUUUCUUCAAGUCUCCGAGCUCCGAGCUGCUGGUGCGUUGGUACCAGACAGGGGCUUACCAGCCGUUCUUCAGGGCCCACGCUCACCUGGACACCCCUCGCCGUGAGCCGUGGCUGUUUGGUCCAGAAAACGCAGCUCUGAUCCGUGAAGCUGUGCGUCAGCGCUACACGUUCCUGCCCUACUGGUACCAGCUGUUCUACCAGGCAUAUCGUACCGGAGAGCCCGUCAUGAGACCACUGUGGGUGGAGUAUCCUCAAGAUCCUGCUACUUUUGCUGUGGAUGAUGAGUUCUUGAUUGGGCGAGACUUGCUGGUGCACCCUGUUACUGACGAGGGAUCCAGGGGAGUUACUGCCUACCUUCCUGGAAAAGAUGAGUUCUGGUUUGACAUCCACACCUUCCACAAGCACAACGGAGCCCAAAACCUUUACAUCCCCGUCACCAUGAGUUCUAUUCCAGUGUUCCAGCGCGGCGGCUCCAUCAUCCCCCGGAAGCUUCGAGUUCGUCGAUCCUCCACCUGCAUGGAGCAUGACCCUUACACUCUUUUUGUGGCUCUUAAUGCUCGGAGAACUGCAGAGGGGGAGCUCUACAUAGACGAUGGCCACACCUUUAACUAUGAAAAGAAGGAAUUCAUCCAUAGGAGGUUCUCCUUUGCCAACAAUGUCCUCUCCUCUGUUAACCUUAUGCCUGAUGCCCAUUUUACUACAAUGUCCUGGAUCGAACGAGUCAUCGUACUGGGAGCCACUAAACCCAGUAAGAUUACUCUCAAGACUGCUGAUGGUGAGGAGAGCCAACUAGAGUUUGAAUUUGAUCCUUCCAUGUCAGUUUUGACAAUCCGCAAGCCCGGCAUGAACGCAGGGGAAGACUGGAACAUCACAUUUAAGUAACCACCAAAACAAGAGAAAAUGGAAGGAAAAAAGAGAAAGAAAGAGAGAGACGUGAGGGAGUAGAUGCAAGCCCCUAAUGUUUAAGACUAACUAGAACAGGAAAACAGAAUAACUAAUCUGCUAAAACAUAUAAACUGCAGUAGUAAUCCACAAAAAUCCCAGUUUAUGAGCUGAGACGUCACUUGUCAUUUCCUUAUGUUCAGUCACACUGUAAUACCUGACAACAAGGAUUCAAAGUUACUGCUAGAUAGAUAGUAAUAUGGUUUUGGGGAAAAAUAACCUUUGUUGCUUUUUUUACAUUCACUUCUUGGUUUUUAAAUACAUUCUGCCUCAGAAAAAAACUAGUCACUGUAAAGGGUUGUUUAGUGUUUAAAAUGUAGGUUCACAUUCAGAUCCACCUGCUGCUGAUUCCUUCUGAUUCUAAAGUCAGAAUCAUUCCCAUUUUCUUUAGGCCAAGUCUUUAAAUCAGCUUAUAGAACGGCCUUCUCUCGUGCCACGGUUAAUUUUAAGGUGAGCUUGCCAAAAAUUGAGCCGAUGUAUUUAGAAUAGUUUGUAAUUUUCCUUAUGCCACAGGAAUAAAUCCUUAUUUACCACUCCAUGCCAAUCUAUGUUUUAGGCCUGUCCCUGAAUAAUUUUCUGGUGAGUUUGUGUGAAUGGAAAUUAUUUCUAAUCAUUGCGUCCUGUUUUGAAUUGUCUGCUGUACAGAAGGGUUUUAAUCUGAUUUGAACAAACUUGACUUAAUAAGUCACUUCAGGGGACUGAACCACCGACUAUGAACCGUUAUUUUGAUGUGCGUUCUCUAUUUUAUCAUGUUAUUUUUCCAACUUGGGUUGAUCCGACUAUUUUUGAAUACUCUUGAGGAAAGAUUAGACUUUUUUAGAUUUUCUUGUGCUACUAAGUUUUUGUAGUUGUUUUGUCCUAAUGAGCAUGUCAGCUUCAGUCCCUGGAAGUGUUCAACUGUCAGAUCUACAGAAACAUCUGCUCUGAAUGUACAGGGCUCAGCCACCGACACGAAGGAGUCUCUGUGCCAUCAAGUGAAAUUAUCUGAUUUUACCCGGGGUUUUGUUUUUAACAUCAUAAAUAUACAUGUUGCUGCAUUUUUUGUUGAAGGCUUGAACUGAUGGAAGCGGAAAUAAAGAAUUGCACUUCAGCUGUCAAAACUGUUUGUACUCUGACAGAUGAGACCAAGUGAAAAUAAAGGUG